AUGGAAAGUGAUGAGAGGAGUGGAGUAACUUUCACAAAUAAUAAAUAUAUCAAAAAAUUAAAUUUCAAAUAUAGGAAUAAAAAUCAAUCAACUGAUAUUUUAUCAUUUCCUUUACAUGAGGCAAUUUCACCAGGAAACUUACCUAAACCAUUGACACCAGAACAUCAAAAUCUGGGAGAUUUAAUUAUUUCAAUACCAUAUGUAAUCAAUUGGUGUAAAAGAAAUAAUAAAUAUUAUACUACUUGUCAUUCAUUUAAGAAAACUAAAAGAUGUCUUAAUAUUGAAAAGAGAUUGAUAGAGUUAUAUGUACAUGGUGUACUACAUUUGCUUGGUUAUGAUCAUGAAAGUGAUGAUGAUUAUUUAAUGAUGAAUAUGAAAGAAAAAGAAAUGUUGAAACAAUUUUGGAAAUGGAAAAAAGAUUCAAGAAACAGAAAAUAA